CCAUCGCUAGCUGCGACAGGAGGCGCGCCGCCACAUGCCCACGACACUCCGCCUCGCCGGCAAGCCGGCUUUCCUCCCCAGCCCGCACCUUGGAGAUGUUCCCUGGACGAGUUCCCGCCAUCCCUAGCCUAGCUGGUGGCCUUUAGUGCUGCCAAGUGCUGCUGCUGGCCGGCGCGGGCCGAGUGCUGCUGUGUUGCAGCCCCACCACUCCUAGUCCACGGCUCAAGGCUCCACUGCUAGGUAAAAUGUUUUUGUCUGUACAGCAAAGGAACAUGUUCAUUCAUUUAACAACUUCCCUAAUCGAUUAUAUGAUGUACUAGAAUAUGGUAUGAAGAGGUUUUACCUCAGCACCCCACCAAUGAGUGAAUUAAUUCCCAAACCGAAGAAAGUAGGCAAACUAGAUGUAGUCUGUUGGAUUGUUGACAAUUGAGUUGAAAUCCUCUAAAGAAACAAAUGAGUAGAAUUUAUGUGUUCAUCUUCACAAUCGUACCCAAAUUUCAUGUGAUAUUCCAUGAGAUAUUUUGAUAGCUUUUGCGCUUAGUUUUUUUUUUUUUUUUUGGCCCGGGCCUUGUUCCAAUCCUGGCUCCGCCACUGAGUCCAGUUGUGUGUUAGACAUUGUUGUACUGAACCUAGCUUGCGCCUUACCAAUAAGAGAAGGAGGAGAGAUGAGCCAGGGUGGCGGCGGCAGUGGAGACGGAGCACUGUUGCCGGAGCCGCAGCCGCAGCAGGCGGUCCGCGCUAGGACGGAGCAUAUGGCGGCGGAGAUGUUGGACUGCCAUGCUUGCCACCUUCCCCUCAAACCCCCCAUCUUCAAGUGUGACGUGAAUCAUCUGAUGUGCUCGUUCUGCCGCGGCGCCCACGGCGAGUCCUGCGGCCGCACCGUCGCCCACUCCACGCUCGCCGACGACUUCGCCGCCGCCGUCUUCGUGCCGUGCGACUACGAGAAGCACGGCUGCAAGGUCGGCGGGGUCGUCUACCACGAGGCCGCCUACCACCGCCGCGCGUGCCAGCACGCGCCCUGCGGCUGCCCGGAGCGCUGCGGCUUCUCUGGCUCCCUGCAGAACCUCCUCAAGCACGUCUCCGAGCACUCGCGCGCCAUCUUCGUCAUCCACUACGGCCAGCCCGGGGCCAUCAGCCUGCCCCUUUCCUGGCGCUGGCAGGUCCUCGUUGGCGAGGAUGACAACGACGCUGAUCGGCGCCGGAGCGUGUUCCUGCUUUCCGCGAGCGAGCGCGGCGCGGAGGAGGUGGAGGUGUCGCUGGUUUGCAUCCGGGCGGACGGCGGCGUGCCCCCGCAGUUCUCAUGCAAAAUCGCCGUGGAGCACUCGGACGACGGCACGAGGCAGACCCUGGAGUCGCCGGUGAUGAAGAGCAGCUCACUGUCCAGCAUUGCACCGGCGCCGGGGGAGAUGAAGUGCUUGAGGGUGAAGAAAGAUUACCUGACCGGCGACAACGUCCCCGUCACCGUCUACAUCGACAGGCUCGCACAUCCUCCUCCUUUUAGUCCCAAGUCUCCAGCUUUUAGCCCACAACCCUCCUCCAUUUAGCCCUACAGAUCCAUUUAGUCCUAAGUCGCCCCCUUUUAGUCCUACCAAUCCAUUUAGUCCUAAGCUGAGUCCUAAGCGUCCUUUUAGUCCGAUGUCUCCUGCGGCUGAAGGAAAAGGGUACAAGAAAAGCAGAAAAUGAACUAGCUAGUAAGCGAAGGAAACCAGCUAAGUAAUAGUAAUACCUCCUAUCCUUAGUUAAACAAAGGUGUGUUUGUGUGUGUGUCCUCACCUUCACUGUGCUGCUCCAUCUUCAUUUAGUCUGAAUUAUGUCUUGUGUUCCAUAUCAUGGAUCUCUCAGAUGUGUAAACCGUAUGACAAUUUCGGUGUUGUUCCGUCUCCAGAUGUGUUGAGCUAUGACUUACAUGUUGUUCUUUUUUUGUUGUUGUAUAUGUUGUGUGAGAGUACAAUCUGAAUUCAGUUUAAAAAUAAAAUAAUUUGUAACA